GAUGGGGAGGAGGAAUGUCAAGCAGUCAGGGCAGAGCACGUGAACCAACCUUACCCUGGGCUGUUGGAUCACCUCAUAAGUAGCUGCAGUAGAAGUUGAGCAGUACUGCCCAUUUCUCUAGCUACAGAUAGAAGUUUCAUUUCAAUGGAGUGAGAGGAAGUUUCAGAAGAUUUUCUACUAAUCAGUUUCAGAAAAACAGGUGUCAAUGCCAUGCUCAGGAAGGUGGCGGUGGCUGCUGCCUCCAAGCCCCACGUGGAGAUCCGCCAGGAUGGAGACCAGUUCUACAUCAAAACUUCCACCACAGUCCGCACCACUGAAAUCAACUUCAAAAUCGGGGAGAGCUUUGAGGAGGAGACAGUGGAUGGACGAAAGUGCAGGAGUUUGGCCACCUGGGAGAAUGAAAACAAGAUCUCUUGCAAGCAAACUCUUAUUGAAGGAGAUGGCCCCAAAACAUACUGGACUCGAGAAUUAGCUAAUGAUGAGCUGAUUUUGACCUUUGGUGCUGAUGAUGUUGUGUGCACAAGAAUUUAUGUAAGAGAGUGAAAACAUCAAUUUACUUGUCACCUGGGAUGAAGCGGAGCACUGUGAAAAUCCCCAGUACAAUGAGUAUCUGUGUGUGCUGUUACUAAUGCGGUGUUGUAUGUGACAGUGUGUGUUAUAUCCGAACCCGUAUCCUCUGUUAAGUGUAUUUUUCUUUCAUUUUUGAUCACAGACACUAUUCCUUCCCUCUUC